AUGCAACCAACGCUUCGUUCCUGUUUACCUGAAUUUGAAAGACAACUUUCUGAACUGGAACAGCUUGCGUCGCAAAGUGCAGUACACCGAAAGAAGUUUGAGUUCGCUGUGAACCAAUUUCGAAGAUUUUUAUUAUGUUUUUCACAAGAUGCUAAAGAUGAUCCUAUUACACCAGAUCAAGAAGCUGCAUAUAGAUCAAUAUUAGAUAUUUUGCGGGAAUUACAUCAACUUUUAUGUCAAUAUCAAUUACAUUGUUGGUCGCAUACGACUUUGGAAAAUCCAUGCAAUUCGGUUGCCACUACCCUUUGUCAAUUAACAUCGCGGUUACAAAAACUUGCCUUAAAACUUCAUGAAAACUCUUCAAAAGCAUUUGAAAUCGAUUCCCCACAAUGGAUGCAAUAUCAUAUUCUCGAUUUACGAGGUAUUGCUGCCUCUUUCAAUCAGUACAUACAAAAUUGCGCAGAAGAUGAUCCUGUCGCAGAUUUAAUUAAUGAAAGACUAGAUAGCGUAAAUACUUACUUAAAACAAUACGAAAACGAAACUAUUAAUAGUGGUUUACGAGUUUUCUCACCUAUCCCAGUUAUUUACCAAAAAUGGCAAGUAAAUUUAGAUGAUUUCGAAGUUAUCAAAGAAAUCGGCGCCGGUGUUUCCUCGCAUGUAUUCUACGGCAAGUACAAGAAGACAGACCAAGAAGUAGCCAUCAAACGCCUUAAAUUUAAGAAAUUAAGUGGAUUAAAAUUGGCUUCCUUCCAAAGAGAGGUUUCUGUUCUUGCUACAUGUUGUCAUCCAUGUCUUAUAGGUUUUGUUGGUGCAACAGAUACCCCUCCAUUCUGUAUUGUCACUGAGUGGAUGCCAAAUGAUACUUUGUACCACGAUUUACACAAGCACCACAAAUUGGAUACGACCAUGAGGACCAUUGCCGCAUUUGAUAUCGCUAGAGGUAUGCAGGAACUCCAUUCCAAGCAUAUUAUUCAUAGAGAUUUGAAAUCAUUAAAUGUUUUAUUGGACAAAGACUAUCAUGUACACAUCUGCGACUUCGGAUUCUCUCGUGGAGCAGGUGAAGAGCAACUAUACACUCAAAACGUUGGAACUCCCCAUUGGAUGGCCCCAGAAUUACUUGAUUCGUCACACAGUUACAAUUAUAAAGUCGAUGUUUACGCGUACGGUAUCGUACUUUGGGAGAUAAUGACAUGCCAAUUGCCGUAUUCAGGUUUGGAGAGUACUCAAAUUAUUGCACAAGUAAUGAUGAAUGAUUUACGGCCAUCAAUACCAGAAUCGACUAAUGGUCCACUCAGAGAUCUUACUACUAGCUGCUGGGACCGAAAUCCUGAUAGGAGACCGACAUUUGAUGAGAUUAUCAGAAGAUUUCAGACAAACGAGAUCACUUUGAACGGAGCAGACAAAGAAAUGUUCGUCAAAUACAUGGAAGAGAAGAUUGGCAAGGUCGGAAUGAAACAAGCUGCAAUUGAAGAUAAAAUUUCUCAAGUAAACGAUGAUGAAGCCGCUCUUCAAGAUUUAAUUGACUUCCUUGAGAAGAAUGGACUUCCAAAUGACCUCGUUUACAAGUGUUGGGAGACUGUAGAGCGAAAUGUCGACGGACCACCUAAAAAUGUCGGCCGUGCAGCAGCUUUCUUCCUAACAACAGCGGUCAAAACGAAAGCAGCCGCUGUUAUAAGGAUGCUUCCUGCAGGAUCAGUGCCAGCAAAGCUUCUUAUGCCUGUUAUCGAAUUAAUUCCGAGCGGUUUAUCAGAAUUCGAUGCCGAUAUCACCAUAGCAGCCUGUAAAAACGGUGCAGCUGAUGUCUGUGUUGUUUAUGUUGUCAACCAGACGUAUUUAAAGCUUGCGAUGGAAGUUGUUUCUCAACAAGGGGCCAGUCCAUCAUUAAAAGCCGCUGUUGCAGACAGAUGUGUUCAGUGUCUCUCCUCCAACGACCAUGCAUUGAUAAUGGCCGCUACAAGGUGUCUCAUCGGUAUAGGAGACGCCAGAAGAAUUUCAUGUAAUUUGAUUGAAAAUUGUCUAAAAAGUGACGAUGAUCAAUUACGGAAUUGCAUGAUAGUUGCAGCAGCCGCUUCUGCAUCUACAGGAUCACAGUUGUCCAUAGAUAUAAUAGAUACUGUCUUCCAGGAGAUGUCUGAAGGAAGUGAGAUUGCAGAAGCAACUUUAGUUGCUGCUUGUAAAUCUCCUCAUUCUGCAAUUCAGGUUGUGAAUAGAAUUGCAUUUUUGGAACAUAUUCCAAGAAGUUUCGCAUUGAGAAUUAUGUUGUUGGCCGCACAAUAUGAUGAAGUAAGGCCUGUAAUUAGCGUUGCUUUGCAGAUGAUCAAAAUGGAAGAUGAAACUGAUCAGUUCCUUAUCGAAGCUUAUAACAAAUUGAAGAAAUGUAUUCCUAAUGUAUAG